CACUUCUCUCCCUCUCCCUCUACUGGCUGGGCGCUACUUUUUGCUGCUAGGAUGCCCGCGAGCGUGGCCGCGGUUUUUGUUUUGCCCAAAGCCAGCCAAGCCCAAAGCCCAAGCUACCUAGCACCAAGUGGUUGGUGGAGGCGCCUAAAAAAGGUGAGGCACCGAACUUGCUGCUCCCGCAACCAGCCGUUUCCGCGCUGGAGGGGAGGGGGCUGCGGCCGUCCAGGUUAUGAGCAAAAUGAUGGCACUACUGCACUGUACUUUGUUUUAGCAAGGCAGCAAAGCAAGCAUGUACUCGAAAUUGUGACUACGAGUGUAUGCAGUACCGUCUUAGUGCGCACCUCACCAAGCCUUAUGGCGUGUUUUUUAUCGCCUCGAAUCGGUAACGGGUCGUGCUACUACUGCGAUGCUGGUGGUUUUCAUUUUCGUUUUGUGAGAGAAAUUGAGCCCUUGAUACCACACACGGCGGACGCUUCGAAUAUGCAGCUUAUUGCCCUCUAUCACACCUCUCUACUGUAUACGACUAGUCUCUUCGUGUUCAUUCACCAGAAAGCAAGGGGACUGGACAUGCGUGGGUUGCUGAUGUCGGCGCUCUCCGCCUUGUUGCUUUGAGUCGUGUCGUCCCGUAUAAUAUCGUCAUGGCUUGAGGCUGGCCCUGGCCUUACGAUCGAGCAAUCGACGAUCGU